AUUAAAGUGUCCAUGCAUUCGGACGGUCGGACCACAGCAUUUGUGGGGGAAAAAAGAAGCUCCAGUCCCCAAACACCAGUCUCACCUCCACCAGCCUUGCUUGCAGAAUCAUCCAUGGCAUCGAAGACCUCACCCACCAAGUAGGGCAUCAAACCAGUUCUCAAGCACCAAAGAAACCAACAACCACGGCGUCCUAGAUGAGUCAACCCAGGAGUCAAAGAACCAUGGCGCCGUAGGUAGGAGGGCAAGGGCCAAGGAAUGGCGAUAACCGUGGGCGGUGAUGGGAUGCGGCGGGGGGCAAGAGGCUGCAGGCGGCGGUGAGCAGAUGGAUGAGACGGGGUCCGCCUCGACGGCGUCGCCACCGCCGCUGCCGCCCAUCGCGCAGCUAGGCUACGACCAAGUACUGUCCGUCCUCCGCCUGCUCCCGCCCGAGGCCGUGCUCUCCUUCGCCGCCACCUGCCGCUCCUUCCGCGCUUGGGCCUCCUCCGACGCGCUCUGGGAGGCACUGUGCCGCCGCGACUGGGGCGCCCGCGCCGCCGCCGCGCUCGCCGAGCGCCGGCGCGGCGGCGGCCUGCCGGCGCCGUGGCGGAGGGUGUACGCCGAGGUCGCCAGGCUCGACGCCCUGUCCGCGCGCCGCGUCCCCGUGAAGGGCGCCUCCCCGCGGCCCCGCGCGUCGCACUCGCUGAACCUUGUCGCUGGCUGGCUCGUGCUUUUCGGUGGCGGCUGCGAGGGAGGUCGCCAUCUUGAUGAUACUUGGGUAGCUUAUGCUGGAAAUGGAGCUGGAAAUGGAUCGCCUACUAUACUUAACUGGCAGCAAUUAGCCUCUGGCACUCCAAGUGGUCGUUUCAGUCAUUCAUGCACUCUAGUCGGUGACGUGCUAGUCUUGUUUGGUGGCAUCACUGAUCGUGGGCAACGGUUGAAUGAUACAUGGAUAGGCCAGAUUAUUUGUGAAGAACCUCAGAGGAUGCGGAUCUCAUGGAGACUGCUGGAGGUUGGUCCACUUGCACCACCACCUCGUGGAGCCCAUGCAGCCUGCUGUGUGGAUGAUCAGUUUAUUGUAAUUCAUGGUGGGAUAGGACUCUAUGGCAGCCGGCUUGGUGAUACAUGGCUUCUUGAUCUCUCCAAUGGCCUCCGAUCUGGCAUUUGGCACCAAAUAAGGAACACAUGGCCCUUGCCUCCACCUCGUUCUGGUCACUCUUUAACCUGGAUUGGUGGGACACACAUGGUCCUUUUUGGUGGUAGAGGAUCAGAAUUUGAGGUUCUUAAUGAUGUCUGGCUGUUUGAUAUUAGUGAUCACUACCCGAAAUGGAAGGAGCUAAAGUAUGACUUGUCUAGUUCUCUAGGUGAAAUGCCUUUUCCACGGGUUGGGCAUUCAGCAAUACUUGCAUUGGGUGGCAAGGUCCUUGUAUAUGGUGGGGAGGACUCACAAAGGCGGCGGAAGGAUGACUUUUGGAUCUUGGAUAUACCAGCUCAACUUCAAUAUGAGUCAGGUUCCAAGAAAAUGACCAAAAGGAUGUGGAAAAGGCUAAAAAUUGAUGGCCAGUGCCCGAAUUAUCGAUCCUUCCAUGGGGCAUGUGUAGAUACUUCUGGUUGCUGUGUGUAUAUUUUGGGUGGAAUGGUUGAUGGCCUUGUGCACCCUGCAGAAGCCUUGGGCUUGAGAUUUGAUGGGCAGCUGUAUCAAGUGGAGCUUGUGCUACAUCUUUAAAAUUUGUAUGUUGUUCUCUUAUAAAUUUGAGAAUUUCAUAGGUUUGAUGUUUAGAUCCUAAUAAUGCCAUCCUGUGUAGUUCUUUGUUAAAACUGUUCAAUGAUAAAUCUGGAGGUCUCACUGAAAUUAUUGAGAUGAUCAAUAUCACUACCAUUUUAGCUCCAA